AUGUCGGCGGCGAAUGCCGCCGCCUCUGCGGCUGCAUCACGAGGCGCUGCCCUGCCAGAGCUCAAAGAGAAGGCUGCCGAGGUGCUGCACGGCGUCGAGGAGUACCUUCCAGAGCUCAAAGAGAAGGCCGCUGAACUCAAGCAUGAGGUGGAGGCGCGGGCGGCAGGCCUCAAGAUGACUGCCGGGGCCAAGGUGGCGGCGCUGUCGGAGAAGCUGGGCCCGCUAGGUUCGAGGCUCAAGGCCGUGUCCAAGGCCGUCAUUGAGCGAAGCGUCAUGGAGAUCGAGGCACAGAUCGAAAAAGUUGACCCGCGCUACGUGACGCGGGAGGACCGUGCGGCAAAGGGUACGACCGUGCCGGGCUACCAUCCUGAUAUCGACCUGACCGAGGCGGGCUGCUCGCCGACCGACCUCGAGUUCUACUACAACGAGGUCUCGGCCAACUCGCUCAAGACCAAGGUGGCGCUGGCCGAGGCGGGGUUGCCGUUCGUGUACAAGCAUAUCGCGCUGACGCACGACGGCGACUUUGAGACGAAGAAGAAGCCCUUCCUCACCAUCAACCCGAGCGGAACGCUGCCCGUGCUCGUCCACGAGGGCCACCCCGUGUACGACUCGACAGAGCAGGUCAAAUUCAUCGGCGAGCGGUCCGCGCGCGGCCUCUACCCAGCGGGUCAGAAGCAGCUCAUCGACGAAUGGCUCCACAUCGGCGCGAUGGAGGGAUUCUUUGUGGGGGACGACGCCGUAGAUCACAUCUUUGACAGUCUCGGUACGUGCUUCCCGUGGAUAUCGAUCCCGAUGUUCCUCUGGGACGAGGCGAUCCGCAGCAAGGGCGAGCUCGCGAGGCUCGUCUUCACGGGCCGCGAGCUGGCGAUGGCCAACUUGCUGCUCGGCUACUUCGGGGUGCGAGUCUACGAGGACGCGGUGCUCACCAUCGGCCCAAAGCACAACGACAAUCCGUUCGUCCAGCACAACGUGUGGCACAGUCUGCGCAAGGGCAUUGAGUCUCACCUCACCCACAUGGAGAGCCAGCUCGACGCGAGUGGUGGCCCCUUCCUCUGUGGCGCCUUCUCCUUGGCCGACGUGUCGAUCGUUCCCUUCUUCCAGCGCGCCUCGAUCACGCUGUGGCUGGAUGAGCUGCUGCCUCACUUCCCGGUGGCGGCAAAGUGGUGGGACGCGUGCAAGGCACGGCCUGCCUACGAGGAGUGGGCACCCAAGUACGGCGGGCCGAACGCGCCGCACAUGGACGUCGCCGCCAUGCAGCAGUGGAUCCGCGAGCAGCGUGCGAGCCAUCCUAAGUUUGACGCGGUGUACAAGGGCACCUACCCCGAGUUCACACCAGAGGUGGCCUGCUGA